AUGAAACACGAUGGCAGCACCGAUGGCACUCCUGUCGUCCUGAUGGCUACACUAGCGAAGGCACAAACGAAGCCCAACGCUCACGAUCAGUGGUGGUUCGUGCAGGUCCUCGAGACGGAUGUAGAAGGUAAUAACAUCACCGUCAAAUUGACUAACAACGGAAACGGAAAAUGGCCAACAGGUCUACGUCAGCCAUAUGAUAUCGCCACGAAGUGGACGCACACCCUUUUCCGUUGCGAUAUCCUUGAGUGUGUAGGGCUGUGUAUGAGUUCGACAGGGAAUUGCAAACGAGACGACGAGGAUAUGAAACGAGGAUAUGAGCCAAGUAAAGUAGACUAUUUACGAGUCGGAAGCUGGUACGGACUCGGAGUGUGGAGCAGACAAGUAAAAAAUGGGAGCGCAACUUGUUUCUUCUGGACUAUCCCCUUUAAAUGGUACCACUGGCAUGGGCUCAAUUGCCCGCUUCCCGUAUUGACCUCACAGUGGCUGAUGCACAUGGUUCUUACCGCACUUGAUCAUUCUUCGAGCUCGUUACCUGUUUUAAGCGCUCUCGCAGAUGGCCUUACAUCUAACGCCAUGGGGGUAGCACAUUCGGCCAUUUCCUGGACGUUCUCGACUCAGACUCGGACUGCAGUCAUCUAA